CAUUGUUGCUAAAUGUCUCGAUAACUUUGGGAAGUAGCCCCCAAAGUCCAACAAUGUUUAGCUAGCUUGGCAUUAGCUUUCAACGGUUGGUGACGGCGGCCAUGACAGUUGGGAAUCCUUCGACGUCCCUGUGACGCGUCGACGUCACCAACGGUCCUAAUGGGGCGGGGCUCAUAAACAGAGAAAUCUAAAUAAAGGAUCGUGCAGAAAUUUACUUCAAAGUAUUUUACUUUUUCUCGAUAAGUAUAAGGCUAAUCUCGUGUGAUGCCGAUUCGCCGAGCUCCAGCGACUCCGACCGGGGAGAAGGUCCCCUCCGCUGCAGCAGAGAAAGAUCCUGAAGCCUCCUCGGAGGAGUCGCCCUCUGCCGACGAGGAGCCGGCUGCGUCUUCAGCUGUGACAGAAGACGUUGAAGAAGAGGCGAAGAGUGUAACUGAGGCAGAGCCCACCGAGAAUGGAGAGAAGACAGAGGAAGCUGCCACGGCAGAGAAGGAAGAAGGAGAGGGAAGCGAAAAGAAAGAUGACAAAUGCAAGGACUGCGCGGCCGGACAGUGUGCAACACACUGCUAUGUUCUCCUACUAAGGCUGAAGGAUGGCUACAAGUACAAGAAAUCCAAAUCCAAGAAGGUGAAAAGGACGAUUCCUGCGUGGGCUAGCGUCACCGCCAGCAAAAAGGUUCCCGUUACAAACUUCGCAGGGAAUCAGAACAAAGUGGAUAAUAUCCUCGUCGAAGCUAUUUCGUCCUGUAACGACAGGUCUGGAGUUUCGUUCCAGUCCGCCAUGAAAUAUAUGCUUAAAAAAUACCCAGGGAUGGAGCUCGACAGGAAGAAGUUUCUCAUCAAGAGGGCGAUGAAAAAACAUUUGGAGAAGGGCACCAUCAAACAGCUGAAGGGAAAAGGUCUUUCGGGAACCUUCACCAUUGGGAAGCAGGUGCCCUUGUCUAAGAAAUUGGCCCAGAAGUCCCAGGAGUCUCUGGGAGACGCUCUUCCUCUCAUCAUCACUCGGCUCUGUGAGCCCAAAGAGGCCUCUUACUUCCUGAUCAAGAAGUACCUGGAGCAGCACUUCCCCAGCCUCAACAUCGAGAACAGGCCGGACAUCCUGAAAGCCGCUCUGGUGAGGGCAGUGGAGAAAGGACAUCUGGAGCAAAUCACUGGAAAAGGAGCCAGAGGGACUUUCCAGCUUAAGCGAACUGGAAACCAGGUCCUGCUGAAGGGUGGAGCCGUGGAGGACGCCAUCACAGCCGCCAUCACAGCUAUGAAUGAACCUAAAACCUGCAGCACCACUACGCUCAAAAAAUAUCUAGUAGAUGCCAACAAAGACAGAAAGGAGUAUCAAUUAGUGGCCAGUUUGAGGAGGACUCUGUCAAAGUGUAAAGUACUGGGUUGGAUGGAGCAGAUCACCGGUCACGGCUUCACAGGGACCUACCAGCUCUCCUUCCCGUUCUACCCGAGCCCGACCAUCCUCUACCCUGACAAGUACAAAGAGCCCGUCAAGAAAAACUCUCAACCUGCGACCAAGCGGAGGCGGAUGGCCGACUCUUCUGAUGAGGAAGAGUCAGAAGAAGAGUCAGAAGAGGAAGAGUCUGAGGAUGAAGCCCCUGUUCGAAAGAGGAAAGCUCCGAAGAGGCCUCCACCCAAAGCUCGCCGCCCUCCACCGGCCAAGAAAUCUCGGAGCGCCAGUCAGUCUAAAGCUAAAGGCAGGGGCCGGCCCCUCGCGAAGAAGUCUCCGGCCAAGAAAGCGGUGUCCUCAGCCAGGAAGGGCAGGAAACCAGCGGCAGCAAAGAAGGAACCCCCGACACCAACGAAAGCUACACCCGUGAAGAGAGGAUCUCCCGCAAAAAAGCCUAAAACACCCGCCGUCAAAAAGCUGGCCAAACGAGGGUCAAAGAGGCCUUCGUACAGAGAGUCCUCACCAGACGAGGACGAGGUCGAGGUCCCACAGGAGACGACAAGGGGGACCAGGAGAUCUAAGGCAGAGGAGUCCGACGAGGAGCCUGCAGCUAAAAAGCCAGCGACCAAAGGGGGGAGGAGGUCUCAGCCUGCAGAGCCUACCCCUAAGUCUCCCGCCAAGAAGGGGGCGAAGAGCAGCAAGCAGUCCGGACGCAAGUCCAAGAGAGGGAAAUAAUGAGCCCAGGAACGCCUUCCACGAACUGGGCCGCUUUGUUUCAGUGCUCUCUCUCUUUUUAUCAUUUUCUCCCUUUUUAACGGGGCUGUAGUUUUUUUAUUUCUAUUGUAGAAUAAGAACGUUAUCCUACCAGUUCAGUUUACUGUACAUUUGAAAGGUUCUGCAUUUCCUUUUUAAUCACCGUGUGUAGAGAAGCUCAGUUAGUGUUGCUGUCGGAACAGCUGCCAGGUAAGGGAAAGCAUAGCGAAAUCUGACAUACUGUAACUAGAGCCAUGCAGUUACUUCUGUUUUUAUAUGUGUUCCUCAUUCACUCUGUAGGUGCUGGAAGCACAUGUUCCUAAUACCAAACAAUGUGAAAUGUCAGUAUUUUGGAAGGUGGAGAGUGAUCAUUUUUAAGUCAAAAUAAUAUUGGUUGAAGAGUUUACACUGUAAACCGAUGACACUAAGAUUUUAUGAAACCGAUCUUAAGGUUAUUCUCCUGCGUUCUGAGAUUAAAGUAUCAUAUUUUGGCUUUUAUCGCUGUAUGGAAUCUGAUUUUUAUGCAUAUUGGUCUACUUCUGAUCAUAAUUUAAACAACGAUGGACUUUUGUUUAUUUAACACAAAAUUUUACCCCGUGAAAAGAAAAGACUGCAGGUAACAAACGCACCCUCUGUUAACUCCUCGACCUGACAGUGUUCAUUAAAAAAACGAGUCAUAUUUGAAAAGUGUCUUUUUUUAGAUGAUGUGUGUUUAAACAGGCAAAUACUAAAAUUGAUUUUCUUGCUUCACAGCUGUAAUUCAGUACCAAAUUGUAAGAAAUGUGUGUUGUGAAAAAGAAAAAGGAGGAUAAUAGCUCAUACAUACCCUGCAUGCAUGUAUCCCUUGUGUUGUUAAGCUUUUUUUCCAAGUCAUUAAUAAAAUGGCUAUAUUUGUA